CAUAGUAAAACGACAAAAGUCUUUUGCUUGCUUGAUUGAGAAUAAACGCCGUCGUUUCAUCACCAUCCUUGUUGCUUCUCCAGUCAUUGUUCUCUCUUCACUUUCGUAGAAGUUACAGUGGUGAGAGCCAUUACACGCAAAUUCCCAAACUGGGUUGUUAACCAAACCCACAUUCAACGCUGAAAAUUUCAACUUUUUUUGGUGGAAGGAAAAAUCUUGAAAUUUUGGGGAUUUAGGAGUAAAAGUUGGUUUUGUAGGAGCAAAAAGGAGUUGAAGGUUUGGGAGGAUUUAAUCAUUUGGGGUUGUAGAAAGAGGGAUGAAUCCGAAUUGGGAGCUUCAGAAUUGUUGUAAUCGUGAUCAAAAGCUCUUUCUUGUUACCAUUGCUGUCUUCACUGUGGCCAUUCUUGUUUUAUGGAGGACAUUUCUCCUGACACCUUUCAAGCUCAUUACUGUAUUUCUUCAUGAAGCAAGUCAUGCAGUCGCUUGUAAGCUCACAUGUGGUCAGGUGGAAGGAAUGCAAGUUCAUGCCAAUGAGGGGGGAGUAACACAAACACGCGGUGGUGUUUAUUGGUUGAUCUUACCUGCUGGAUAUCUUGGUUCGUCUUUUUGGGGGAUGGUUCUCAUACUUGCAUCGACAAAUCUUCUCACUGCAAAAAUUGCUGCUGGUUGUUUCAUUGCUGCACUUCUCAUUGUGCUCUUUAUUGCCAAAAAUUGGACACUGCGAGGACUUUGCAUAGGAUUUAUCAUUUUCAUUGCUGUCAUAUGGGUUCUGCAAGAACUAACAACAGUUCGCAUUCUUCGAUACGUAAUUCUCUUCAUAGGUGUUAUGAACAGCUUGUUUUCAGUUUAUGAUAUAUAUGAUGACUUAAUAUCUAGAAGAGUGAACUCAAGUGAUGCUGAGAAGUUUGCGGAACUCUGUCCCUGUCCUUGUAAUGGUGUUGGUUGGGGAGUUAUCUGGGGAAUGAUAUCUUUUAUAUUUCUUUGUGGAGCGAUGUACCUUGGACUUGUCAUUCUCUCAUGAGGUUCCUGAAGAACAAAGUAGCUGCAGUUAUUGAUCACAUAUUCAUUUCCAUCCCUUCAAUGCUGUUGUAUAGCUUUUAGACAUCUAUUUUUGUCCACAGAUGUACUGCAUUACUAGCCUUGUGGGCUCAUUCUUUUACACCCUUUCUUGGAUGGGAUUAACAUAGUCAUAUGAGACUUGUAUUCAUAUACCAAAAUUCAAACACCAUCACUUCAAAGUUUAUCUUACUUUUAUAGGAUGAAUUUGAAAAUUGAUUGCUUA